AUGAAUAAGGACACUCCAUUUUAUCCAAUAAGUGACACCCUUGUCAGAAGAUCUCAAGGAGGAAAACAAAAAAGACUAAUAUCAUGGUCAAGACAAGGACACAUUGCAUACAGCCCAGGAGAAAACAACUUUGAGGCAAAUCUUUACAUAACUUUCCUUGAAUGUGUAAAUGGACGAACUUGGCAGUUAGCCCCUCCAACACCUUUCAGAAUCGAGUCUUCUUAUGUGGAUGACAAGCCAUUAACAGAUUCAAAUGCAGAGAGUAAUAAAGUGCCAAAAGUAUUACCUAAGCUUGAACUGGUGUCUUUCAGUAAUACUGGAUGGGAUCUUUUCACUGCAGAUGAGAAUGGAAAUGUUUCAAUACUAGUAACAGGGAUAAGAAUAUUAUCCCCGGAUAAACAACCAUCCGAGUUUUUGCCAGGGAACGGCAACAGUGACGAAUCCAAGAAGACUAAUAGCGUUCUUCCUAAUAUUUUAUUCGGACGCGACAAGCUCCCUGUCCCAGAUAUAUCUACACCAAAGAAAAGAAAACUGAACCAAUUGGUCACCAUGAGAUGGUUGAACAUUCAAAAACCAGUGAUUGCGACUGCACCCGCGGUGAAAACAAAACAAAAUCCUAAUUCUCCAAUUCCAAAUGGAUGUGCUGCUAAACUUGGAGCUGCAUCACAGGAUGCUGCAGGAUAUUGCUACACCUAUAGUGCAAGUCAAUAUAAACCAUAUGGAGCCAUGCAUCCAUUGAUGACAAAGCAAGCUUGUAUAGGAGUCAGAAGAAAUGGCCAAAUUUGCCUUUGGCAUCAGGAAGAUCAUGGUAUUGAGUACAGGAAAGUUUGUUCCAUGCUUGACUUGGAUGGUCCCGAUGAUGAGGUUCUCGAUGCGUCGAUUGCCUUUUCAAGGGCCGGUCAUAUUGUUGUUGCUAUUCACACAAUAUCCUCGAACUCUUUGAAGUUUUACGAUAUUGAGAUUGAUUGGGGAUAUCUGAUUGAGGCAUCCAAGCAUUUGGCAAAAGUUCCAAGUUACAGAGUUCCAGACAAUGAACGUAUUCCCCCGAAGCUCGUUAUUGGAAAGAUAUUUAAGUAUAACCUAGGCGAUUUGUCUGCAAACAAUCAAAGACUGGUUUGCAUCGACCUGAUUUCUCCAAAUUUCCAUCUAACAACAGAAUUCGAAGUUCUUCUCACUUUUGAAAAGGAACGGCGUUUUGGAAGUGAUCCUGUUCAGACUAGUCUAUUAAGAUAUCAACUUAAAGAGGUCUCGGACGAUGCAAGCAUACACCAAGCAUUUAAAGAUUUGAAAGGUAAUAGCGAAAAAGCAUCGGAAAUUCAAAACUCUGGCAGUCAUUAUACAAUGAUCUACAAGCAGAGAUUUACGUUUAACGAAUCGAUCCUGUCCAUAGAACCGAUGGGUCUAGACAUGCUUCUUUGCCUUGUUUUUUGUAACGGGAUGAUUCGUAUCAUUGACCGUAAUUCAUUCGAGGUUGUUUGGAACAAAUACUCAGAGUCUCCGGACUCGGAGAACCCUUGCUUACCAAAGACACUUACAUCUCUGCUUGACGCAGGAUUCGAGUUCCCAAAAAUAAACUUUCAAACUGAAUAUUGCUGUGUUUCCCCAAACUUAUGUGCUUAUGUGGCACUUCCGUUUGGUGGAUCCAGGCUUCACAUUAGAUGUGCAGAAUCCAGGGUGAGCAAAGAAUUUAGAAAGGCAAAGAGAAAAGGCCUUCUUUUAGGCACAGCAGCUGCAGUUGCACUAUGCCAUACUAGUGCUUGCUAUAUGGGCUUUUUUACCGAUGACCUAAUUGUUGCUAUAAAGACCGAAUUAGUUAACGUUGCAAAAGUUGUCUCUGAGGGGUAUUCUUACAGACUGCUCGUUGCAAUUUUACAGGAGGCACAGAGAGCAAUUAACUUGAAUAUUGAUAUAUCCACCGAACAAACUGAUAAAAUGACGCAAAACCAGCCAUUACAGCGUAUUUUAACGUUACAGCUCUCUUUGGGUACUGGAUUGAAUUGGAAAAGAAACAGAAGUGCGAAAGUUGCUCUUUCAAUACUGAACAUGCGCUUUGUGGCCUCUUCGGUAAUGUAUGCCAUCCAUACGAUUUAUUCGAACAUGCAAAGGUUUUCUCGAAAAGGUAUGACCGUGCUAGAUACAUACGCAAAUUCGAAAGUUCGUGAGGACAGUAUCAUAUACAUAAUCGGUGCGAUCAGAUGGUGCUUGGAUUAUGUCACCCUUUUGAGCAAGGAGCUCUUAGAGUUGAGUACUGCGUUCAAGCGUGACAACAAGCAAGAGAUAGAGAAGUUGAUUACGAGGCUUUUUGUUGUGCCAUUGGUGUUAGGUAAGGUGCCCAGGUCAUUUCUAAUAUUUUCCAUCGCGAAUAUCAGAAGACUAUUCUCCUUUGUACAGAAGUUCGUGGAAAAACACUAUUCAUCGUUAACUGCAUACAUCACACCAGAAAAUCCGAUGGGUGCGUUUCAAGAGGUUUCGAAAAGGCUGCUUUUAAAUCCGUCGGCAUCGGUGAUGGAUGGAAUUGUAGACAGUGGGGAUACAUCUACAGGGAAAGGUGUAGGAAAUGAUAAGGGAAGCCCACUCACUAAGGCAAUUAUAGAACAUCCAACCAUCGAGGCAUAUCUGAGAAUAGGUUGUAUGAUUGACAGCUGUCCAGUUCCUCUUCAGAUGUUCGAGAAGUUUCUUUUGGAGGCCGACAGUCCAUUGCGGAACUUGGGGCUUGAUCCAGCGACAUCCUUGGCUGUUGAGCAGCAGAUAGUCUGCCAGGGAUAUGUUGCAAAAAAUUUCAUCGAGCCAGUUCGGAAGCUCUGCACCAUAUUCGACAGAACCAUAUUGUCAUCACCCGAAGUGGAUGUGCCAAAUAUGUACUUCUACGACACGCAGUGGCUCAGGUUGGAUGAUUAUAACGAUGAGUCGGAAAUAACCGAAUUUUUAGAGAUGGAAGGAAAAUCAGGAAACACAGUUGCACACGAAGAGUCAAAAGAACUUGAGGAUAUGGCAGCCACCUCAGUGCAGAUUAAGAAGGAGAAGAGCACAUCAUUUGAAGAUGAGAAGGCUGGAGAGAAUAAUUCGACCGAUAGCGGCAUAUUGCUAACAGGUACAAACUUCGAGUUGUCAAAGCAAGGGGCCAAGAGAGUAAUCGCGAUGAAUUGCUACGAAGGACUCGUGUUGGAUACUUUAAGAAAGCAGCUCGUAAAGCCGGAGCAAUUCAUAGAGUACGGAAAGUUUCUUACCGACGAUGCAUCUCUCAGCCGUGCAAAUCAUAGGAUCAGCCGGGAAGUUGCAGCUGACAGCUUGGGACACAAUGAGGCCUCAAACGGCGAGAUUAAAAAAUUGGCAAUGAGAUUUUGUAUUCGCUGUGGCGCGAUUUCCUCUCUUCAUGACGAGACACUUUUUGUACCCGGCCAUCCAAGCUUAAUUGAGAAUCCGGUUUUCCAGCAUUACCAAAGGAUCUGCUUCUGCGGUGGUUCUUGGGCCAAUUUGUGA